AUCGGCACAACAGCUCACAGAGUCUACUCGCAGCAGCGCUGACAGCUUCCCAAGAGCGAUUCGCGGUGCUGGAAGGGGCUUCGUGAGGAAUUCCGGCCUUCUGGCGUCGUGUGAGCCUGACAAAAGCGCGCAGAGAACACGUUGUCAGCAGCUACCCUCACGUGGUCCCCAGCAAUGCGUAUGGCUGUGCUCAGUUUCAUCGGCAUGGUGUUCUUCACGAGCGCUGCCGCAUUUCCAACAACGCCUCUACCAAGUAGCAACUGGCCCCAGCAUUGCGCCUAUGGAGAGUUCGACAAGUAUGACGUCGUCGGACCUACCGUUGAAAACGCUGUGAAAAAGGCAAAGGACAGUUUUGAAAUACAGCUCACUGGCACGGCAGGCGGCUACGAGUAUGGUCCCUUCACUGUGUCCGCGUCGCAGUUGCAGCCCAUGAAGAGACGCCUUUGCAUGUGCAGCGAUGGCGACAAGGACAGUUUCUGCGCGCUCUACAACACUUCCAUGUCAUUGAGCGUCCCGUGGAAAAUUGCGAUACCCGCCUCUGGCACGACCAAGGCGGUCAACGGAACGUUUCGUGUCAACUACCAUAACGCGGUGGUCAUGGUGCGCUUCCGGCUUGUCAACGGCGAAGAUGAACAGCUGUGUGUGACUAGCGUGUAUGUUCCAUUCUCGGAAAUCACUGAUCUGUACGCUGAGGGCGGCGCGUUUCCUUACGAGCCUCUUCUUAGCAGCAGCGACGAUCCCGAGGAGUACGGACAGCUGGCAAGAAAAGCAUACGACUCGGUACAUGCAUGGCUUGAUGGGCAGAUUCACGUGCUCGACGAGAGGAUUUGCUUCAAUUUAGCAUAACGCAAAGCCUGUAUCUUGUGGCAUGACAGUUACACUCAUCUAGUGUAAAUAAUGGCGUCUGUUACCCGUGACGCCUCCAUAAGUUUGGGUGGAUUUCUGGAUCGUCAAUAAAAUUUGUCCUUUGUUGAUUGAGUA